UGUUUAACUGCUCAGUAUGUUGAUGUUGAAUCUCCCCAGUAACACUUGGACCAUGGACAGCUUUUACAUGCUGUGUUUUAGGGAAAGUGGAUAAAAUUUCUACUGGGUGUUUGUAAGUUUGGAAUAUUAUUCAGUUUGAUUUGAGAGGAAAUAUUUUGUGUGUAUAUUAAUAUAAUAUUAAGUGUGACGUCUACGGCAGACCUUUUGGAAUUUUUAACCAUGCCCAACAAAGCCCAAGAGGAUGCUGUGAUUAACAUGAAGACGCUGGAGGGGUUUGCCAAGCAGCUUGGUUUUGAGUGGACAGUUCUGGCGUAUGAGCUUGGCUUCAGCAGAACUGAGAUUGGUCGAUUCCACACCAAAUCUACAGAGAAGAGCAUCCAGGCCAGGACCAUGUUGGAGAGCUGGUAUGAGAAGUCAUGGGACAAACCCAAUAAGACUAAACUGUUGCAAGACGGCCUGGAGCGAGCAGGCAGACGGGACCUGGCUGAGACCCUGCGCUGCCUCCACUGGGGCCACCAGAAACUGAGUCGUAGAGUGGAGCUUCCCUCGGCCUUUCCUUUUCUCAUCACAGUUCACAAGACCAUCCACAACCAAGAUGGACUACGCAGGAUCAAUGACCUCAAUCGUAGAUACACUUAAAUACACAUAAAUGCAUGUACAAUACAAAAUACUAUACAGGACAUUGUAAGUAAUGUGAGCAGCGCUGAAUAAACACAUUUAAAGCAUGUGUUUUUCUUGUUAGAUAUUAAAGCUUUAAAUAAAAAAAAAAUAAGACCUGUGUUUUAGUAAAAAUAUAAGGUUUGCUAUGCAAAUGGCAAGUGAAGAGAAAUAAAAAACAGGCAGAAAAUACUAAAGUCUAAGACGCCAAUGUGAGUAAUGUAUGAUAUUAUGCCAUCAUUCUUAUCAAACUUUAAUUAUAGAAAAUUAACAUAAAUAAUAUAAAAACCUGUA